AUGGCCGAGCCGCGCUUUUCUGGAGCAUGCGUUCCUGGAAAGGUAGGCCUUCGAGGCGUAGCUUCUUUCAUGGUUGUAUGCGGUCAUCUCUGUACUGCCUUUGUGCCAUGGCUACACCAGCCUGCCCAGAAUGCUAAGACUGCACCGCACCUCUUCCAACUUCCCUACUUCCGCCUCGCCGUCGGUGGCCGCAGCGCCGUCGCUCUCUUCUUCCUCGUCACAGGAUACGUAAACUCGAUAGGCCCUAUUGGAAAGUCGCGUGCUGGCAACCACGAUGCUGCCUUUUACGGCAUUGCGCGGAGCGCUCUCGCGCGCUCGGGAAGGCUCAUUCUCCCCACCAUGGCGGCAACUUUUAUUACCUGGUUCAUGGCGAAUACAAACGCAUACCAUAUGACCAAGCACGUUGAUGCGCAGUGGAUACGACAGGGCUGGCAUCGACAGGAGCCUACGCUAUGGCAGGCUUUCUGUUCGCUCUUCAAGGCCCAAACGGAAACGUGGACAACGGGUUGGGAUGAGUACGACGGUACACAAUGGACACUGCAUUUGUUUCUAGAAGGCGCUUUUCUGGUAUACACCACGAUGCUCGCCACCGUUCUGGUGAAGCCAAAGGCCCGAUUCGUCGUCUACGCAGUCAUGUACAUCUACUUCUGGCAAGUUGGCAAGGAACUCACCGUCGGCUCCAUCAAAGGCCUCAACAUCGUCACAGGCAUGUUCGUAGCCGAACUCCACAACCACUACAAAGACGCCGCCACAACGGUCCUCCCCGCCCCCAUACCCACGAUCAUGAUUCUCUGCGGCAUGUUCAUGGCAGGUUUCCCGCAAGACUCCUUCGCCAACGCCCGCUGGUCCCACACCAUGGCGAUGAUAAUGAAGAGCCUCACCGCCGAAAAAACCGACAUCCGCCGCUACUGGGACCACCUCGGCGCCGCCACCGUCCUCCUCGGCAUCUUCUUCUCCCGCAACGCGCGCAAGAUCCUCUCCUCGCCCGUCUUCAACUUCCUCGGCCGCGUCAGCUUUCCGGUCUACCUGCUCCACAACACGUUUAUCAAAACGGUGCUUACGUGGAUGAUCUACCUCCCCUCGGCCAUGAAUCCGCCGGUGAAUGAAAAGGGCGAGCAGAUGGAUCUGCAGCGUGCCUCGAUCCCUCACAUGCUCGUUGCUAUUGCCAUGUUUUACUACAUCUUGUAUCGCUCCGCUGCGCUAUGGGUCAAAUACGUGGACCCUGUUUGUGCGAAUCUCGUCAAUGCGGCGACCAAGUGGGCGUAUGGGGAACCCAUGCAACAGAAGGAGACUCGGCCGAUUCUGGAAAAUGGCGCGGCGGACAAAAAUGUGUUGUUGCCUUCAUGA